AUGGCGAAGGCGAGGCAAACCGCGCGUCGGAGCACGGGCGGCAAAGCUCCGCGGAAGCAAAUAGCGACGAAGGCAGCUCGGCUUUCGCGUGAGGAGCAAGAUGCUCGGGAGACUAUGGUGUGGAAAUUAUCGAAAAGAAGAGAUAUUAAGAAGUUCUCUAAGAGCACUGAAGGCACUCAGCGGUACCCGUACCACGUUUGGGUUGGGUUGCAGCUCAGGAGAUGUGACCUCGACCAGACCGAGAUGGUGCGGCUCUUCGGACGACAUAUCCUGAUCCAUUUAGGCGUGAGAGGAGACCGCAGAAUUCUUAUGGAUGAACUUUCCCGCAUUGGUAUAACAGAGUCACUCAAUGAUGCUCGCACCUAUGAUCUAUUGACGAGGAGUCGUGAGAUAUCGCGUCAAUCUGUUUUGAGGACGACAAGUACAACGCGGUCAGCUAUCAGGACAAGUCGAAGCAUGCCAUUCUUCUCUACACUCUUCAAGUCUGUGGUGGUGAUCAAUCUUCUGAGCACGUUCUCUCCAACUCAACUUUCUACGUUAAUGGCCGAUAUCAAAUUUCAGCCUACCUUGUCAUCGAUGCGUGGCGUCAGAAGAAUCCAGGGCGUUCUCUGCCGAUGUCUGUGUCUGGUGCACGACCUGCGAGUUCUUCCGCAUCUUUGGUCCAUUUAA